AUGACGGUGACUGCCAUGUCAUUUAACAAACGCAAUGCCUACCAGCCUUUCCCUCUUGUUUUUGCCCUCCGCCUCUUCCUCCAUUUUCAUUGCAUCCUCUUCCGUCUCCUCUUCUUCCACCCUCCUUCUCCAACUAUACACUCCUCCACCUCCACCCCUUCCCCUCCAAACUCUUCCACCUCUUCCCUCCUCCUUUCUUCCACUACUCCUCCAACUCUUCCACCCUCCUUCUCCAACUCCACCCUCCUCCUCCUCCUCCUCCUCCAACUCCACCCUCCUCCUCCUCCUCCUCCAACUCCACACUCCUCCAACUCUUCCACCCUCCUCCUCCAACUCCACCCUCCUCCUCCUCCUCCAACUCCACCCUCCUCCUCCUCCUCCAACUCCACCCUCCUCCUCCUCCUCCAACUCCACCCUCCUCCUCCUCCUCCAACUCCACCCUCCUCCACCUCCAAUAUUGUUUCCCCUUUUCGUGUUUCGGGCGCUGCUGCUGCUGCUGCUGAUGCUUCGAGUGGAGAGCUACAAGGAUGA